GCAUCUCCUUUCUCCCGUGCGCUUCCCAGCCUCGCUCCCUCUGGCGCUGUGGGCCCGACAUGCAGGCGUGGUUCUCCUCCGGCUCCGGGCCCUCCUCCUCGUCUGCGGCGUCCUCAUCGCAGCCGUCGCUGCUCGCAGAGUGGAACUCCUACGCUGCCGCCCGCUCCGCUGAGGACGCGGGCGAUGGCUUCGGGAUCGACAUCGAGGCGGCCGUCCGCUCCGCCAACGACCGCGUCGCCGGCACCUUCGGCGUGGUCUCAAAAGGUGUUAAAGGGUUUCCAGGCAGCUUUAAGUCCACAACAAGCAGUGUUCCAUCUGGCAGAUCUCUCAUGUAUUUCGGUCUGUUUCUUGGUAGUGGUGUAUUCCUAGUUUUCAUCGCAUUCACGAUAUUUCUGCCAGUCAUGGUGAUAAUGCCACAAAAGUUUGCAAUAUGUUUCACGGUGGGAUGUGCUUUCAUAAUUGGAUCAUUCUUUGCGCUGAAAGGGCCUAAGAAUCAGCUCUAUCAUAUGAUUUCCAAAGAGAGAUUACCUUUCACCAUGGGAUUUGUCGGGAGCAUGGUUGCUACGAUCUACGUGUCAAUGGUGCUUCAUAGCUACAUACUUUCUGUUUUCUUCUCUGUGCUUCAGGUCCUUGCCCUAGCAUAUUAUGCCAUCUCAUACUUCCCUGGUGGAUCUGCUGGAAUGAAGUUUAUAUCUUCUGCCGUUGUGUCCUCAGUGUUGAGAUGCUUUGGGCGAUGAGUUCACCUGACUGCUGCUUUCCUGUGCUGAUUGCAGUAUUUCUAGUGGAUGAUCUAGCACCUUUGUGGCUUUGUCGUUUAGCCUGUGCGGCUUCAUUAAUUUCAGAAGUUUGAUGCCAGUUGAAGCACCGAGGUGAACUGUGAGGAAAGGAUGUUGUGGACCCAGCCAACGCUUGUUAGGGGCAAAAAAAUUGUAAUGUAGUACAUUGGGAACAACAGCUUAGUCUAAAAAGUACAUUGUACAAAACAUCUCACUGAACACUGGGCCACAAUCUAACGCCCAUGGCGCUC